AUGCACACUGGACACAAGCCUGAUAAAUGUGAAAAAUAUGCUAAAGCUUUCAGCCACUCCUCAAAUGUUAAUGGUAACCCGAAAAUUAAUACGGGAGAUAAUAAUUUCAAAUGUAGUGAAUCUGGUAAUGCCUUUAGAGAGUCUUUUAGUGUUUCUCAGCAUCAGAAAAUGUAUACUGGUGAAAACUCUCCUAUGCAUAGAGAAUGUGGGAAAGCAUUUAUGAGGUCCUCAAGCCUCAAACAAGAUCAGAAAAUUCAUACUGGAGAGAAGUCUUAUGAAUGCAGAAAAUGUGGCAAAGCCUUUAGGUUGUCCUCAAAACUUAUAGAACAUUGGAAAAUUCAUGCUGGAAGGAAGUUCUAUAAAUGUACUCAAUGUGGCAAAGCAUUUAAAUAUUCCUCAACCCUUACUAAACAUCAGGAAAUUCAUACUGGAGAGAAUUCUUAUGAAUGUCCUCAAUGAGGCAAAGCCUAUAGGUCCCAGUCAACACUUACUCAACAUCAAAGAAUUCAUACUGGAGGAAAACCUUAUGAAUGUACACAAUGUGGCAAAGCAUUUAGCCAGCUCUCACACCUCACUGGACAUUUGAAUAUUCAUAGUGGAGAGAAGAUUUUUGAAUGUACUCAAUGUGGCAAAGACUUUAGGCGGCAUUCAAUACUUACUGAACAUCAGAAAAUUCAUACUGGAGAGAAGCGUUAUGAAUGUACUCAAUGUGGCAAAGCCUUUAGCUGCCAUUCAACACUUUCUCGACAUAAGAAAAUUCAUACUGGAGAGAAACCUUAUGAAUGUAAUCAAUGUGGCAAAGCCUUUAGGCAGCAGUCAACACUUAUUAAACAUCAGAGAAUUCAUACUGGAGAGAAGCCUUAUGAAUGUACUCAGUGUGGCAAAGCCUUUAGCUGCCAUUCAACACUUUCUCAACAUCAGAAAAUUCACACUGGAGAGAAGCCUUAUGAAUGUGCUGAAUGUGGCAAAGCCUUUAGGUACAGGUCCACAGUUUCUCAACAUCAAAGACUUCAUACUGGAGAGAAACCUUAUGAAUGUACACAAUGCGGAAAAGCCUUCAGGUGGCAGUCAACCUUUACUGACCAUCAGAAAAUUCAUACUGGAGAGAAGCCUUAUGAAUGUCCUCAAUGUGGCAAAGCCUUCAGGCAGCAGUCAACACUUAGUCAACAUCAGAAAAUUCAUACUGGAGAGAAGUAA